AGUUUUGAUUAAAAAAAAGAACCGACCAAUUGUGGUUUGGAAAUCAAGGAAUUCGUCAAAUCGUCGUGAAUGUUCGCGCGCGAUCCGACACAAAAACAUCGCGUGGGCCAUGGCGUAGGCUUUCCUGAAGGUCUCUAGAAUCUCUAGUUAUUUAGUACGUCACCUAGUACAAUCUCGCACAUUGCUCUCUCUCUCUCUCUCUCUCUCUCUCUGAUCGCUUAUCUCGUGAAACGCCGAAGAUAAAAAUUGCAACUGUCAAGUGUUUCGAUCUGCACGUAUUCACGCGAUAGAAAAACAUGUUUUUUGUGCUGUAAGCACAACUCGAUUUAACGGCGUUCGCGAGUAAUUAGCACAACUGAAAGAAAGCAACUCGGUGUCGAGGAACGAGUGACGUUUCUCUCGUCUUUUAUGUGGCUUCUCAUGGUGCUGUCCUAAAAUUCUGUCGAGAUAUGACAAGUAGGAAGUACGUACGUGAGAGCUAGUUUAUUCAUUUGCUGUGAUCUCGGUUGGCCAGUAAUUAGUUCGCGUGAUAAUUCCACGAAUCACGACGUCGAAUAGUGACAAUAUCGAAUGUCGUGAGAAGCGACCGUAUCUGUUGCACUCUGCCAAAUUGUUUGUUUGGAUACUUUAUAGCAGAGAUAUAUUCUGAAUUGCACUUUCAUCAAGUGGAAUGGAACGCAGUAUUCAUGAGAUGUUAAAAGAUGCGCCCUCCUUGAAUGAGAGCGACAGUGCUGUACAUACGGGAACACCUCCUCCUCAUGUACCAAAUAACUGUAGUAAUGAUAACCAUCCAAGACCAGCCACUAUUAACUUGAACUUGGGAAGUCCUACAACUCAGACUUCAGUGGUAGUUACUCCAAAUACACCUAUUCAGAAUGGGGACACACAGACUAUGCGUACCACUCAAAGUAAAAUUGAGAGUCUGAAGAAUUGGAGCAUCUCUACAUACAAAUGCACCAAACAAUUAAUGUAUGAGAGAUUAGGGAAAACAUCACGUACUGUAGAUUUUGAACUUGAAACACAAAUUGAGUUGCUUAGAGAUACUCAGAGAAAAUAUUGCAAUGUUCUGCGAUUGUCACGAGCUUUAGCAUCACACUUUCAUCACGUUGUUCAGACACAACACGCUCUUGGAGAAGCAUUUUCUGAAUUAGCACAGAAAUCGCCUGAGCUUCAAGAGGAAUUUCUGUACAACUCAGAAACGCAAAGAAAUUUAACGAAAAACGGCGAAACACUUUUAGGGGCCUUAAAUUUCUUUGUUUCCUCUGUGAAUACACUGUGUAAUAAGACAAUUGAGGACACACUGCUUACAGUGAGACAAUAUGAAACUGCAAGGAUAGAGUACGAUGCGUAUAGAACAGAUCUAGAGGCUCUUGUUCAAGCUACGAAGUCGGAUGGUAGUAAUGCAGCAAGAUUAGAGGAAGCACAAGCUAAUUAUGAGGGGCACAAGCAGAAUUUCGAAAAAUUGCGCUCAGACGUAUCCAUUAAGCUAAAGUUCUUAGAUGAAAAUAGGAUUAAAGUAAUGCAUAAGCAAUUACUGUUAUUCCACAAUGCUAUAUCCGCUUACUUUUCGGGGAAUCAAACCGCAUUGGAAGCAACCCUCAAGCAAUUCAAUAUCAAGGUGAAGUCACCAAAUUCGACUUUACCGUCAUGGUUGGAGCAGUAGUUGUUAUCUGAAUACUUCGUCCUCUGUCGCAAGGAGAUUUAAAUACGUAAGUGUGUUCGUCCAUCGAGUUAUCCCAUUGCAAAAAAAAAAAAAAAAUGCAAAAAGUAACAA